AUGGCUUCCCCUUAUACUGUUGCGUACAUGUUCCCAGAUGCCAAGAGUGUCGGCUCUGUUUCGGCGUUUCGCACCAAGCCAAUGGCCAAGACAGAUGUGGAUCUGAUUGUAACUUAUUGUGGAGUUUGUCAUACGGACGUGCACUUUAUCGACAAUGAUUGGGGUAUGUCUCGUUACCCUCUGGUUCCUGGGCACGAGAUUGUUGGACACGUCACAAGGGUUGGAACUGAAGUGAAGGAACUCAAAGUGGGAGACCAAGUCGCUAUGGGUUGCGUAGCUCAGUCUUGCUACAAAUGCGAGUGCUGUCAGAAAGGUCGUGAUAAUCUAUGUGCCGAUAGGAGGUUCACAUACUUUCAUGAUACUACGGACGAAACGGGCACCCACCGCCACAUGGGAGGCUUUAGCUCCUUUAUGAGAACAGAUUAUCGCAAGCUCUACAAGGUUCCCCGAGGACUCGAGCAAAAUCAUGUUGGACCCCUCAUGUGUGCGGGCGUCACCGUGUUUGAGCCGAUUCGCAACCUCCUGGGAGACAGUCUGGAUGGCAAAGGCAAGACUAUUGGUGUGCUUGGUAUUGGUGGUCUUGGGCAUUUGGCACUGCAGUUCGUCUCCAAGACAGGCGCCACCGCCGUGGCCUUCUCUCGAGGAAAGAAAAAGGAAGAAUUCACAAAAUUCUUGGGCGCCUCCUACCUGGUAGAUACGACGAACGCGGAUGCUAUGCAAGCAGCGUACGGAACUCUCGAUCAGUUGAUUGUCUGUACUUCAGGUGGGACAUUUGAAUGCGACAAGUUCCUUCCUCUUGUCAAGCCAUUUGGUAACAUGCACUUGUGUGGCAUUCCCGAUGCACCCAUUACAUUUACAGCGCAGCUCCUCGUCUUCUCACGCAUUAGCAUCUCUGGAAAUCCUACGGGCGGUUCCACGGAUACCAAACUGAUGUUGGAGUUUGCUGCGAAACAUGGCAUUGAACCCAUCAUUGAGGAGUUUCCUCACUCCAAAGCGCAUGAGGCAAUCCAGAAGAUUCGAGAUGGCACCAUUCGCUUCCGAGCUGUGCUCAAGAAUGAUUUGGUUGAUGUGGAGGAGACCUUGACUGCCCUGAACAAUGGGUAUGUGAAGCUUUAA